CUGAAAGAAAAAAGGUGUCCAGGCCUCCCUCUGCUGCCUGCCUCUCCUUCUCUAGAAUAAUGUUGGCUGGAGUUUGGGGUACAGAAAAGCUUGGAAAAAAACCCACUUUCAUACUGUGUGGAGAAAAGGAAUAAAAAGUUGCACACCUCAAGCAAGUGCUCCUUAGCAACACAUCCAGAUUUUGCUUUACUCACCAUGAAGGCCACAGUUGUUGCAACCUUCUUUGGUGUGUUUCUUACAUGUACAUACACAGCCAAGGAAGUCACAAAGAAGACAAAAAAGGCUAAGCUAUAUGUACCCCAGAUUGAUUGUGAUGUCAAGGCGGGGAAGAUAAUCAAUCCAGAAUUCAUUGCAAAAUGCCCUCCUGGAUGUCAAGAUGUAAAAUACCGUGUUUAUGGCACAGACAUUUAUGCUUCUUUCUCCAGUGUCUGCAACGCUGCAAUUCACAGCGGAAUAAUUGACAACACGGGUGGGAAGGUCCUUGUCCAGAAAGUCGCUGGGCACGCUGGUUACCGCGGGAGCUUCUCCAAUGGCGUCCGGUCCCUGUCACUGCCACGCUGGAGGGAGUCCUUCCUCGUGUCAGAGGGCAAACCAAGAAAAGGUGUGACUUAUCCAUCAACUCUUGAAUAUUCUUCAAAAAGUACGGCUGUUAAAUCAGAGCCUAAAAAGACAGAGCAAGACCUAAAAGGUACGAAGAGUGCAGACGCUGCUAACACAUCAGGAAAAGCAUCAGAUCAAGGGGAUACAGUCCACAAAGAGUACCAGACAACUCUGGUGCCAACCCCAGCCACACAAAUGGCCACUACAACCCCCACACCAACGACCACGACGACAGAUCCUUCCACCACAGUGCCACAGCCAACCACAACACCUGCAGCAACCAGAACCACAGCAGCUCCAGCCAAGACUAGACCUGGACCGCACAGGGUCAGAGAUAUGGGUUCUAGCAGUGUCCACCCAGCAUAUGCAUCUGUGGUAGCUGCAGCAGCAAGACAGGUUCAGGCUGCACAAGGAAGAGGACAGAAUACAGCAUUCAGGGGCACUGCCACCUCUGCAAAUAACAGAAAUAUUUUACGACACAAUACAGGUGCUCAGCGCCAAGAGCCCAUUGCCACCUUCCAGAGGGCUGCCAGCUCUCCAGUCCACCUGGCAAUGGAAAUAGACUCAUGGAAACCUGGACUGAGCAUUUUUGACACAGGCUUCAGUUCAAAGGAAGAAUUGAAUCCAAAGCCACUGGAAUCCAUCUCCCAGGGGAAUCAGAAUUGCAAGGUUGAUUUGUCCUUCUUAAUGGAUGGGAGCUGGAGCAUUGGCAAACGCCGCUUUCAGCUCCAGAAGCGGUUCCUUGGUAACGUGGCUCAAGCCCUUGGCAUUGGCAGCACUGGUCCUCUGAUGGGCAUUGUUCAGUAUGGUGAUGACCCUUCCACAGAAUUUAACUUAAAAACUUAUGUCAACUCCAAGGAUCUAAGGAAUGCCAUUGAGAAAAUUCAACAGAAAGGGGGACUUUCCAAUGUUGGGAAGGCACUUUCAUUUGUUAACAAAAACUUCUUUCUGGAUGCUAAUGGAAACCGAGGUGGAGCACCCAAUGUGGUUGUAGUGAUGGUGGAUGGGUGGCCAACUGACCGAGUGGAAGAGGCCUCCAGGCUGGCCAGAGAAUCAGGGAUCAACAUUUUCUUUGUCACUGUUGAAGCAGCUGCUCAAAGUGAAAAGCAGAAUGUUAUUGAACCAAACUUUGUGGACAAGGCAGUGUGCAGGACAAGUGGAUUCUAUUCCCUCAACGUGCCCAGCUGGUUCAGUCUCCACAAGGUGGUGCAGCCCCUGGUGAAGCGGGUGUGCGACACCGACCAGCUGGCUUGCAGCAAGACGUGCCUCAACGCCGCCGACAUCGGCUUCGUGAUCGACGGCUCCAGCAGUGUCGGCACCGGCAACUUCCGCACGGUUCUCCAGUUUGUGGCCAACAUCAGCAAGGAGUUCGAGAUUUCGGACACCGACACGCGCAUUGGAGCUGUGCAGUACACCUACGAGCAGAGGCUGGAGUUCAGCUUUGACAAGUACAGCACGAAGCAGGACGUGCUGAACGCUAUCAAAAGGAUCAGUUACUGGAGUGGGGGCACCAGCACGGGAGCAGCCAUCAGCUACGCCUCAGAGCAGCUGUUCAGCAAGUCCAAACCCAACAAAAGGAAGAUCAUGAUUCUCAUCACAGAUGGCAGGUCUUACGAUGAUGUCAGUGUGCCAGCCAUGGCAGCUCACCAAAAUGGAGUCAUCGCUUAUUCCGUUGGAGUUGCUUGGGCAGCCCCAGAUGAACUUGAAGCCAUUGCAUCAGACCCUGCUAAGGAACAUUCCUUCUUUGUGGAUGAAUUUGACAACCUCUACCGCUAUGUUAAUCAGCUCAUCCAAAACAUUUGCACAGAGUUUAAUUCCCAGCCACGGAACUGAUGGACUCAAGCAAGGCAGGACCCUUGGGUGCUGUGCCAAGUGCCACAGAAAUAAUGCCAGUCCUCAGUUCAAGAAACACUGGAGGUGUUUCCCUCUGGGACUUUCCAGUCAGCAAGGUUGAUUGCAGCUCUGUCCCUAUGCAUGAUAAUGCUCUGUGUAGACUGUUGAUUUUUGUUGUUGUUAGCAUCAGAAACUCUGAUUUACAUAGAUAGCAGAAAAGGCAGUGAACAUGGAGGAAAUAACUGCAGCUGUUUCAAGAGCUGCUUCCAGCAUAGAGCCCCCGCUUGCCCAAUUCUCACCUUUGGACACACCCAAGUUCUUUAAAACGUGCCACUGGCUCCCUGAAGUGACCAGGUCCCUUCAAGGAGUGGCCAAGCUGCUGCUGAGCUGCUGUGGUAGAAACACCUCAUGUGGCACUGCCCACCAGAUGACACACAGAUCAGGGCUCAAAUACCAGACAGAGGGGGAACAAUAUUUGAGUACCUUCUUAAAAGCAGGUACUCUCUCCAUACUGCUGUCUUGUCAGUAAGUUAAGCUUCAGCUAGUGUCAACUCAAGCACUGGGAUUUAUCCAAACCCUGAAAAACUGGAAAGCAAGAGAGAGGAAAGGUUCAAACCCUAGGACCCUACAACUCUUUGCCUCCUUUACAACCCUACAACCCUAAUAAAGCCUCAAAUCCACAAGGCAGCCAACAUGAAGGAAGUGGAAUAUAGUCUCCCACAACCCUGCAUUAAUGACUUGAUCUUGAGAAGUGUCUUUCCCUCUCAGCUUCAUCCUUCACUCUUGGGUGGUUCAAGGCCUGCAGGACCACAGGAGUGCUGCCAGGACACAGGAGACUCUUUGAGAAAAACUGUGGGUUUAAGCUGCUCACAAUCACCAAAGCAUUUAAGACCCAUCACUCUGUCAUUAAACCAACACUCAGAAGUGCAGUCUCUAGGUCAGGAGAGCUAUUCAAGAGCCAUUAAUAGGAUUUAAGAGGGAAUUAUCUGAAGUUCUGUAUUAUACACUGGGAAAAGCAGAAUUUCAAGCAUUUACAGAUACCCUCCCUCAAAUUUAGGACUGACUUUUCUUUUAUGGACUGAUUUCAAAAUGUACCUAUUACAGCCCUGUAUCUGUCAGAACACACAGUGGUUUCUUAAGUGGAGAACUACCCAUGUCAGUAGUCAGUGCAGGAGGAGGGACACACUAGGAGGACCAAAAUAACUGCACUCUAUUUAGGAACCAGCAGCUGCUGGUUAGGUUCCAUCCAGUAUCAUUAAAGAAAAUACAUCCAUUAAGCAAAGUUAUCAAAGGAGCCAAUAAAUACAUGAGUGUUCACACUCCUUACAGCAAUCAAAGCCAUGCUGGGCCAGGAUUGUGGAACUAACAGGAAAUGGAAAGAAAUUAAAACUCAUAUUUGCCAUGUUACUUGCAAAUCAGGCUCUUAACAGCAUUUAUAGUUUUAAUAACCAUGAGCCAAGAUAUUAGCCACAUAAAUUCUAACUGAAUUGCCAUAAGGGAAACUCAUUGUAUGAGCAAAAGUAGCACAAUUUUAAAAAUCAUUAUGUUUGGAAAUAUGACUGAAGCAGCUUAUAACCUGUCAACUAAGUAAGCAUAACGCAAAUUAAUGAAAACAGCAGAUUCUGCAUGAUCCCCCUGGUGGGGUAACAUAAGUCAGGCUGGGGUCCUCUCAGGAGGUUAUCGAAACCAAUUUUGGAUGAAAUAGUGGUUUUGCACAGUGAAAGUUCAUCAAUUCCCCUUAGAAGAAACAUUAAGUUCCAGCUUUAACUGAGUAUCAUCGAUUCAACCAUUCUACCCAGACUGAAAGCACAGGACACUGUCAGCUUCCACAAAUAUAUUUGUAUGCAGAGUUUUUACCACUAAUCUCUGCUGCUGCACUUCACAGCUUUAGCUUUUGGCUUGAGAAAAUGAUUAAGGAUAGAGAGUUAGGCAUGAGGCAUGAGCAGAGCAACUCCUGAUAUCCUGCAUCUCCUGAUCCAGUUCCUCACUACCCUUCUGCUGAACACAUCUUUCUCUGUCAGCAUAGGACAUUACAUGGCCUGGACAAAACUCAAACCUGUAAACUGAAUUUAUUGGGGACUUCAGUUCAGACACCAGAUUUAUUGCCUGAAAACCUGUUUUUUGGGGGCUUGAUUUGGGGCUGCCGAGAAAAAGGCCUAAAUCCUAACUUACAGUUACUCUUAAUACUGUGGUUUAAUUUUUAAUGCAGCAGUCACCACCACAUAUUGUUCUCCAUACUGAAUGUACUCUUGCAGCACCAAAGAUUGGUACCCUGCAGAGACUCCCCAGUGCUUCACUUGUGCUCUGCCAAAAGCACAGCAGUGGUGGCUGGGACUUUAGUAACAGCUAGAGCACACAUGUUCUUUAGGAUGUACAUAAGGGAUAUAUGCAUAUGGGACAUAAUUUUUUCCUCAAGUUUAAAAUUUAAGCAAUGAGAUUAAGCUUUCAAAUGCUUUUCCACAGGAAAGUUGCACAGCUAUCUUUUGCCAAGCAUUUAUAAAGGGUACUUCAGGAUUUGUUGUUGUUCAAAUGGUUUGUCAAGUUUACAGAACAACUAUGGUGCUUGUUUUUCAAUGUGCAUUUUUAUUUACUUCUUGAGACAAUCCUGAAAGUGUCAAAACUCUAACUAUGAAAAUGGUUUAAUUCAACUCUUGUCAAAACUUAGAUGUCCUAUUCAUAAGCACCGUAAGCUUAAGCGGAAGCCUCAAAAUUUUGAAGAAUACACCCAUCGAUGCAAUCACAGAACACACUCCUCUUCACCUUUACCUUUCAUAGCAAUCAAAUCACUUGCUGCCUACUAAAGUCUCUAAAUACUGUUUGAUUAAUAAAACAAGGUAACUUACAAAUAUAGAUAAAUGUUCAAAGGGGUAUAUUUGUUGAAGAAAGUAGAACUCCUUCUGUAACAUAUACAAGCUAUUUUGAGCUUAUCAACAUAAGUUGCUAUAUCUUUUGCAAUAAAAUUGUCUUAAAACACA